AUGGCAAAUCCAGUCGCACCUGAUGGUACUUACACGGCACAAACAUGGUUUCAAUUGAAACUCACAGAUCCUCACAGUCGUAAUCUCUGGAUCAAGGCACGUAUUUUGAGCAGAUUUAAAAGACGUGUCGUGACGGCUUUACAUCUUUUUGAGUAUCAGAUCGCACAAACAUGGAUUCAGGAUCCAUCACAACGAUCUGUGUGGCAACCGCAGUCACAGAAUGAGGAUAUUUUUGAUAUUAAAACUGCACAAGUUCAAUAUGAACAAUGUUUUGUGCCUCUUCUUUAUCAUGAACUCUGGGAAGAAAUUAAGCGUGAUACGAAGGAGUAUGACUUAUUAAGAAAUGCUGGCGAUAUUGAAAUUCAAAUUAACGAACAUAAAUAUAAAACUACACGAUUAAUAGAUCAAUCUGAACCAGUAAUUCCAACUGCCUUAAUUUUCGCGACAUCCCUUAAUGUAGGUACUGGAAAAAGUAAAACAAUUGCUGGUAUUGUUAUACGACUUCUACCAAAAUUAAGCGAAGGGAAAAAAAUCUUACUCUGCGCACCAUCAAAUAAUGCAUGUGACGAACUGCUCAAGCGAAUUUUAAAUGAACUUGAUUCUAAAUAUGAAACAGGUUAA